CGCAUGUCUCUGGAACAACUGUCGAUUAAAGCUUAGCCGCCUCUAGCUGCUAACUUUUACGCAGACGCCAAGAGGAACCAGGCUCACCCCAUCAUGUUAGUUUGGUGAAGAAGGAGAAGAAAAAAACGCGCAAAAGGACGCACGAAAUGAGCGCACCUCUCGGAGAAGAUGGAUUGUAAGAAAAGUUAGACGCGACUUCUGCACUCAGCUGAGACAAGUAACUGGGAAAGGAGGGAGGGGGGUGUAAUGCCGUGCAAACUUUGCGCAGACUUUCCCCGAAACUUUGCUUAACUCGGUUCAUGGAGUUUCACGUCCGGGAGUCCAGAGAGGCUUGUUUGUGUGUUUUGCGAUCGAUGGUGGUGCCAGCUCGGCCCUAGCUUUCGGGAACCGGAGCCCAAGACAAAGUUUUCCUCGGACAGAAAGUGACUGGACGAGCGUCGGCGUCCCAGUGAACAAGACGGCAGCGAAGAUUUCCAGUAUUUAAACAGCAGCAUGGACACUUCAGCCCCAACAGCCACGGAGAAGAAAGAGUGUAAGGGAUCUGGUCUGGAUGGAAGCAGCUUCUCUGAACUCCCCAAGACCUCACCCCACACUCUGACCAGGGGCGCCCACCACCUCUUCCCCACAUUUCACACGCCCAUCCCGAUCGACAUGAGACACCACGAGGGGAGGUACCAUUAUGAGCCACACCCUCUCCAUGCUAUGCACGGACCUCCAGGAUUGACGAGCAGUCCAGUCAUCUCAGAUAUCUCCCUGAUCCGCCUGUCGCCGCAUGCAGCCGCAGGGACGGGUGAGUCACCGUUCAGCCCUCCACACCCGUACGUCAGCCCCCACAUGGAGCACUACCUGCGCUCAGUGCACGGCAGCCCCACCCUCUCCAUGAUAUCGGCAGCCCGCGGUCUGAGCCCCGCUGAAGUGACCCAUGAACACCUGAAGGAGCGCAGCCUGUUCAGCCUCCCCCCUCCCCCACCGGGGGCCAACCCCACCGAGUACUACCAUCUGAUGGCUAGUGCCAGCCAGCGCAGCCCUUACAGUGACCUGCUGAUGCAGAGUGGUGCUGCUGCGGGUGCAGCGGCCGCCGCGGCAGCAGCGGCUGCGGCACACCUGCCUGACUACAUCAGCCCUGUGGACGUAUCCCGUUUCUCCAGCCCGCGCCUCACACCCCGGCUGAGCAGGAAGAGGGCGCUGUCCAUCUCCCCGCUAUCAGACGCCAGCAUCGACUUGCAGACCAUGAUCCGCACCUCGCCCAACUCCCUGGUGGCCUACAUCAACAACUCUCGCUCCAGCUCGGCCGCCAGCAGCUCCUACGGGCACCUCUCUGUCGGAGGGAUCAGCCCGUCAUUCAGCUUCCCCCAUCCCAUCAACCCAGUGGCAUAUCAGCAGCUGUUGUCCCAGCAGAGAGGGCUCAGUGCCUUCGGCCACACACCUCCCCUCAUUCAACCAUCCCCUUCCUCCUUCUCGGCACGUCAACACCCCCUGACUGCUUCGGCUCUGCCCACAUCCCACAACAGCUCCAACUCCGAGGCAAACCAGAACGCUGGUGGAGACCCAGCAGUGAGCAGCACAGUCAACCCAAUGAUCACCAAGAGGUCAAAGGUCAAGACGGAGGCAGAGGGCCCGCUCCCCAUCUCGCCCUCCUCUCAGGACCAUGGCAGCGGGAUCCUGGACCUGAGCGAAGAGCUGGACAAAGAUGAGUGUAAACAGGAGCCAGAGGCCAUCUAUGAAACCAACUGCCACUGGGAGGGCUGUGCCAAGGAGUACGACACCCAAGACCAACUUGUUCAUCACAUCAACAACGACCACAUCCACGGCGAGAAGAAGGAGUUUGUGUGCCGCUGGGAGGAGUGUUCACGCGAGCAGAAGCCGUUCAAGGCCCAGUACAUGCUGGUGGUCCACAUGCGCCGACACACAGGGGAGAAGCCACACAAAUGCACAUUUGAGGGAUGUUCCAAGGCUUACUCUCGCCUGGAGAACCUCAAGACCCACCUCAGGUCCCACACAGGGGAGAAGCCGUACGUGUGUGAACAUGAAGGCUGCAACAAGGCCUUCUCUAAUGCCUCAGACCGGGCCAAGCACCAGAACCGCACACACUCUAAUGAGAAACCAUACGUGUGCAAGAUCCCGGGCUGUACCAAACGCUACACAGACCCCAGCUCUCUCAGGAAGCAUGUUAAGACGGUCCACGGGCCCGAGGCCCACGUCACCAAGAAGCAGCGGGGCGACGCACCCCCAAGACCACAGCCGCCGAAAGGUAACGGAGAGAACGAGGCUAAUGCCAAGCAGAGUGGCAGAGGCAUGGAGGGCAAGACUGAGGCCAACAGCACCUCUAGAGGAGUUGAGGAUGGCCUGCAGGUCAAAUCCAUCAAGACUGAGAACUCCAUGACAUAUCAGUCCAGUCCUGGUGGCCACUCGUCAUGUAGCAGUGAGCCGUCGCCUCUCAGUAGUGCCAACAACAACGACAGUGGGGUAGAGAUGGCCAUGCACAGCGGGGGCAGCUUCGGGGACCUCAGUGCACUCGACGAGUGUCCCAUGGUAGACUCCACCGUUCCCGCUGGAGGCCAGCAGGCUGGGGUGGGGCUCCAGCUGAGGAAAGCCGGGGGACACGGUGGCGGGGUCACCAUCAAACUGGAGAACAUCAAGAAGGAGAGGUUGAAGACAGUGAGGGACACUUGCCCCUGGGCCAGCUCGGCACCACAGCCACCGCAGGGCCAUCGCAACAACACCAAGCUGCCUCCCAUACCUGCAGUUGGGUCCCUGCUGGAGAGCUCCAUGAUUAACAGUUUAAGCGGCUCAUACCCUGGCCAACGCAUGGGCGACCUGUCUUCCUGCGAGGUGACAGUGCUGAAUCAGCUGAACGAGCGGCGUGAUAGUACCACCAGCACCAUCAGCUCUGCUUACACCUUGAGUCGGCGAUCCUCUGGUAUCUCACCUUGCUACUCGAGCCGGCGCUCCAGCGAGGCGUCUCAGUUCGGUGCCAACCGCCACAACAACAUCAGCUCAGCUGACUCCUAUGACCCCAUAUCCACUGACCUGUCUCGCCGUUCCAGCGAGGCUAGCCAUUGUGGAGGGGGCAGCAUCAGUGGAGGUGGUGGAGGAGGGCUCCCAAGUCUGCUCAGCCUGACUCCAGCCCAGCACUACCGCCUGAAGGCCAAGUACGCUGCAGCCAUUGGUGGCGCCCCACCUACCCCUCUCCCCAACAUGGAUAGGAUGAGCUUGAGGACACGCAUGGCACUGUACACCGACUCCCAGGAGAGUUCAUCCCACCCAUUCUAUCACCCACACUCUGGAACUGUGCCUAGGCGUUGUAGUGACAUUGGUUAUGGCACCCAGAGCAUGAUGCCUCAUGAGGUACCCACCAACCUGCCACGCCGUGCCAGUGACCCAGUGCGUCGACCAACUCUGGAUCCCCUCUCCUUACCAAAGGUCCAGCGCUAUAACAGCAUGAACAGCGUGAACCCAAUGAAUGCUCCAUCUGCUGCAGAGCGACACCGGGGGCUCGCUAUGCAGGGCUACACACGUUCUGAUGGAAGUCUACAACGCCCGCCAUUCGCCCCCAGACCACCCAGCAUCUCUGAGAAUGUUGCUAUGGAGAACAUGGCAGUAGAUGGGAUGAUGAUGGGAGGGGACCAGGGUGGGGAUGAAGAUAUGGUGCUUCCCGAUGAUGUGGUACAGUACCUGAGGUCCCAGAAUUCCAGCCACAACACUGGCCAAACAGACUACCAUUCUACCAACCAGACACAGGGUUAUCAGACAGGCAUGGCGGCCCAGCAGCAACCAUUCUAUGGGCAGAGGAGGAUGGCCAUGGUGGAUGUCACCAUGUCCCAGUCUGGACAGGACCUGCAGUCCUGCCAGAUGAGCCCUGGAGGCUCCCAGCAACCCUUCCCAACUCCGUCAGACAACAUGAACAAGAAUAACAUGCCAGUGCAGUGGAAUGAGGUGAGCUCAGGGACUAUGGACGCUACAAACAAGCUUGUCAAGCAGCAGCAGCAUCCUCUCAGGGGGAACUUAGCUGUUGUUCAGCAGAGACACAACUUUGGUUCAUUCCAAUCACCAGGCCAGGGACUGGGCAGCAACCAGCAGGUAAUGCCCAUGAAUCAGAAUAUGACUAUGCAGGGUUAUGCACACCGCAGCAACCAGAGGAUGAUGAAUAUCUCCCUGCAGCAGCAACAGCAGAGGCAAUGCAACAGUGUGAACUUUAGUGAGCAGACAAGCCCCCAGCAGGGCUUUGGCCAAGAGGCAGUCACAAAUUCCAUAUCUGGGAACACUAGUAUGAGGCCGAUGUAUAAUGGUAUGGCUGAUCAGAGUAAUCCAGAAAUGUCAAGUUACAGAGCACGGACACAAGUUGAUGGGUAUCCUCAUAUGAGCCAAGUGGAGCAGCAGCAAAAUUACAGUGGUCUCUCCCAGCAGCAGCCCAGUAUCCAUAAUGGAGGUAGAGGUAUGUUACAACCCAGGCCUCCCAUGGAGCCGAAGUUUGUUGCCAGGCAACAUGCAGGGUCCAGCACAAUGCAACAGAGCCGAUUCUCCCAGUCGUCUGAUUUUAGCCCCAGCCAUGCCAGUAACACCUCAGAGGCAAGCCCGAAGAGGCCCAGUGGGUCAGCAGCCCACAAUAGCACCUCUGACAACCCCAACCCUGCUAUGUUCUACACAGGUCAGAUCCACAUGUUUGAGCCUAAUACUGCCAGCUUUGAUGCCCCCAUGUCCCCCAGUGCCAGCCAGGACCCUGCUAGCCAUGACAGCACUGCUGCAGCCAACAUGGCAUCUCCGGGAGUCAACCAGGUCACCAGCAGCACAGUGGACUCCUCCACUGGUGGCUCUGGUGCCUCGGAGCAUGCCCAGAUCGACUUUGACACCAUGCUGGAUGACGGGGAUCACUCCAGCCUCAUGUCAGGCACGCUGAGCCCUGGCCUCCUCCAGAGCCUGUCCCAGAAUUCCUCUCGGCUCACCACCCCACGCAAUUCUGUCACCCUGGCCUCCGUACCGGCAGGGAUCGGCAACAUGGCCAUAGGUGACAUGAGCUCCAUGCUCACAGCCUUGGCUGAGGAGAGCAAGUUCCUCAACAUGAUCAGCUGAGAGCAAUUGAACACCUCAUCAUCCAUCCAGUCUUAACCAUUUCUACAUCAGGAAUAUAUGGACUACAGAAAAAAAGCACUGAUUGAACAAUGCGAAACUGGUUAUUUCAUGAAUUUUUCCUACAUUGUCCAUAGUAUCUUAUGCUUUUCCUGUAAUAAUUACUUCAGAAUAUUGUAUGUUGCGUUAAAAAGUGGAAAGUAAAUAUAGCAAGGGUUAAGGACCAUUUUUCUAUCACUAUUUGUUAAAAAGCCAUACUUUUUAUCUACAAAUAUAUGAUAGACCAGGGUAUACAAGUGCAUCUACAGAUAAUGGCCAUUCAGUAUUUGUUGGUGUAAUAGCCCUUUACAAAGCGGUGCACUGAAAGCAGUUCACAUAGUGCCUUGCUGAUGAAAACAAGGUUGAGCUUUUGAACACAAUGAACUGACAUGCAAACAAAGUUGCCGGGAUAUGAUGUGAUAUGGUGAUAUCAGAUAAUAUUUUCUCAUUAUGACCUUUAUGUUUAUAGAUUAUACUGUAUGGUACUUGCUUUAAAUUAUGCUAACUUGGUUUGAUGUUUAAACAUGAACCGAUGUGGUUCUAUAACAUCCAUGGACAUUAAGUACUUUUGGUCCGAACUCGCAUGUAUGAUGCCAUUGUAAAAUCAGAUUUCCUUUGGUUGCCCUCUGGAACGGAAGCAUUCGCUCUCUUUGGGCCCAUCUCACAAGGGUAAAUGAUUGAGAAGGACAAGGAUAUGCCUCUGUGUUAGUCUGUCAGAGCACAUGGACCCCCGUGUCUGACAAGGAACAUUCUCUAAAAGAAUAUGCAAGUACCUCUGUGUGUUCUCAGUAGAGAUCCAACCCUAAUUAACACAUUCAUACCACCCCCUCCCCUGCACCCUGCACCUCCCCUGGGCUCUGGAUGAACUGCAGAGAGUCCAGGAAGGGACUCAAGACUUUGAAGCCCUGCAACCUCCUCAGUUUUGUUUUGUUUUCUGAAAAUUGAAAGUAGCCUUUAAAAUGUGUGUACACUACCAUCCACUUUUACUAUGCUCCGUGUGUAUGUGUGUAUGUGUGAGUGUGUAUAUAGCUUUUGUACAUUUCAAAUACAGUAUC